CUUUUACUGAAAGUUGAUUUCCUUGUAGAAAAUAAAUGUGUGGAUGCAGAGAGGCUUGAAGAGUUUUAUACCAAGAAUCAACAGCUCAGAGAACAGCAAAAAGCACUUCAUGACACUAUCAAGGUUUUAGAAGACAGAUUAAGAGCAGGAUUAUGUGAUCGUUGUGCUGUAACUGAAGAACAUAUGAGAAAGAAGCAGCAGGAGUUUGAAAACAUCCGACAGCAGAAUCUUAAGCUUAUCACUGAGCUUAUGAAUGAAAAAAACAACUUACAGGAUGAAAAUAAAAAGAUAACUGAACAGUUCCAGCAAUUACAGAAGGAGCUGGAGGAGCGAAAGCAACAAGCACUGGAAUUAGAAGAAGGAGUAAUUCCAGAUUCUCCAGUUCUGACUUCUUCAUUUUCUGUGGUUAAUCGUAUGAAAAGAAAAAAAGAAAAUAGGCAUAUCCGAUACACAGAACAUACACACCCAAAUGUGGAACUUGUGGAAAGCAACAGUGAGUUUGGAAAAAUUCCUCUAUUUUCCACACAAGUUAACAGUCACCAUGGAGAAGAGAUACUAGUGGCAGACACCUGUGAUCCACAGUUGUCCCCUGUGACAAAUAAACCAAGGGUGGGAGGUUAUCCUGUUCCAAAGCCAUCUUUUAACUUGGCUGCAGUUGUGGCGGAAACAAUUGGACUUGAUGUUCAAGAGGAACCUGAGUCACAGAGCAUGCUGAGUCCUCCACGCGCUAAUGCUGUUAUGAGCCAGGCCCCAGAGAGCAUGCAGUCUGAAGAUUCUAGAAAACAUCCAGCUUCUGAAUCAAGAAAUGAUGACAAGAAUUUAGGUCUUUCAGAUCCAUCUCAGAACACUCCGCCACAUGUUGAUUGGGAUUCUCGGGUAGCUUCUCCAGUUUUUGGAGCUUCUGGCAGUAUGAAGAACAACUCAAGUACAAGUCAUGCCAGUUCUAUUUUAGAUUCAGGAUGGAAGCCUAAUAUCAAAACUAACCUCUUCAACAAUCCUUCCAGUUGCAGAUCUCAUAAAAGUAGAUCAAAAUCUGAAGAUGUUGCUUUUGUUGCACCACUGAACCUUGGCACGGAAAUCAACUCGGUUAUCAGCCAGGCCUCUAUCAUUAGGCAAAUGGUUGUGAAGAAGAACACUGAGACUGUAACAUGUGUUGGAAACACUUGCACAGCUAAAAAUGGGGUGAUCAAGAGCGAUUUCCUUCUUGUACACCAGAAGCAGCUAGAAGGCAGGUGUGCUAAGAGAAGGAAAGCUGAAGAUGAGCAUGCAGUUAGCUGUGAAAAGACAUCCUUCAACAAAGAGAACUCUGUGCCCUUUCAGUCAGACAUUCAGCAUGUUAAUGGGGAGCAUACAGUUGAUAAGCCGUUGGACCUGUCUGAUCGCUUCUCUGGAGUUCGUUGUCAAGAGAAAAAAGAAGGAAGUGAGGACACCUGUAAAAAUAGACUGAAACAGGUGACUCUGCAUGAUAUUUUUUCACAGUUUGGGAAGCCCAUUCCUGAAGUUUCAUCAUCUGUUCAAAAUGCCAGCAAUGAGAGCAGUUUGCUUGGCAGAGGUUUACAAGACGAAUCCUAUGUACAAGAGGCAGUGCUGGGAAAAACAUUCCUGGAUAAGAAAAAACAGAUCCAAAUGAAAGAAGAAGUUCCUCCCUUCAAAGUUGCACCACUGCCAAGUUCUGUAGACACAGAGCAACUUUUUGACGAUGUGAAGGUUGCCAGCGGCCAUGUACCAAAUAGAAAGAAAACAAGGACAGAACAUGGAGAGUCUGAACCAGCAUCUGUACUUCAACCAAACCCUUGUAGACUAUCAAAAAAUCAACGACUGCAAGAUGAGCAAGACCUGAAUGAUAAACCUUCUUUAGAAAACCUCCAGUGGAGCCUAGACCCAGGAGCUGACAUUUCACAGUAUGAGAUGGAUAUUACUGUGAUUGAUACAAAGGGGAGUUCUCAAUCAAGAGUUGGAGGGGAAGUUGUUGAUUUGGAUUAUACAUAUGUUAGCGAAAGUGUGUUAUUAAAAACGAAAAAACAAGAGCAAAACCAGGAAAGCAGUCCAAGAGAAAAAAAAAAUAAUGAUACCUUCGCAGAGAUGUUUGAUCGGACAACCCAUGAAGAAUAUGAAUCCUGCCUACCAGAAGAUUGUCCUUCUACAGGCGAUGAGAAAGAAACUCUUCAUGAUGAAGAGCAGGAUAAGGGAAUGACAGCAGCAAGCAAGAAACUGAAGAAACACGAGGACAAACAAGAUAAAGCCAAGCAGAAAGCUUUUGUGGAGCCAUAUUUCAAAAGUGAUGAAAGAAAGAAUACCAUGUUAGAUUUUCCUCAUAUUGAGGUUAUUCGAAAGAAAGAAGAAAGAAGAAAAUUGCCUGGCCAUACUUGUAAGGAAUGUGAAAUAUAUUAUGCAGACAUUCCAGAAGAAGAGAGAGCAAAGAAACUAGCUUCCUGUUCAAGACACAGAUUUCGUUACAUUCCUCCAAAUACUCCUGAAAAUUUCUGGGAGGUUGGAUUUCCUUCAACCCAAACUUGUGUGGAAAGAGGAUAUGUUAAAGAGGACCUUGCUCCUUGUCAGCGUCCAAAAAGACGACAGCCUUAUGCCGUAAUGUUUUCGCCAAAAGGCAAAGAGCAGAAGACAUAAAGAAUGGGGAAGUAGGGCACGUCAGCCUGAAGAGUAUCUUUCCUGUCCUUAGAUAUUUAUAGUUAAUAUAAACUUGAAGUAUAAAACUAUGUUUUCCACAAUGAUAUAUAAAUUUUUUCGUUAAAUAUGCAAAUUUUAUAAAAUUAAUUUGAAAAUCUGAUGUACCAGGAAACAAAACUAUUUAAUGUAUGUUUGUUUCAUAUUGUGUUAAUACAUUUUGUAUUAAUUUUUGCACCUG